AUGACGUGGGAAUUGCUUGGAUUGGGGCCGUCGCCGCUCGGGCCGCCAACGACCGUGCCUCCCGCGAGAUUGACGCGACGACACGCAGCCGCCUGCACUGCUAGCAGCGGACGUCGCGCCGGCCUCCUCAGCUUGCGCCGUGCGCCCCCCCCCGUGCCUCCAGCUCGGAGGGUCGGCCCGUGCUGCCGUCGGCCACUUCUGCGGUGUGCACGCGGGUGCCCUCCGGCGCCGGCGGGUGGCCCGCGGGCGCCGAGCGGCGGCGGCACGCAGAGGGAGGAGAAGGUGCGCAGAGUCGUGGCUGGGAUAUAUGAUUGA